UCUAAUUUUAAUACAUGAACUCUAGCUAGAAAAGACUUCUAUUCUCAAUAAGAAAAAGUUGGUCAUAAUCCAGCGCAGUGGUUGGAAAAAGAAAGAGGAUUCAUAAAAAUACAACAGAAUCUAUACGGUGCAUUAAAUAAUUUUUAACAUCUGUUCAAAUUUAUCAAUCUUUUAGGAAUCAUUGAAGAAUUUUUUUAUAUCACUAUCGCUUUCAAUCAAUACAAGCGAGUAUAUGAAUGUUUCACGGCCAAUAACAACUGUCAAUCAAGUCAAGCAACUGAUUGAUCUACUAUCUCAAUAGCUGACAUUUUGGCACCUCUACUGAUUGGUUUCAAAUAUCCUUAAAUUAAUAACUGGAUUAAUUAAGAUUGUUACUGGAUCGCCAACGACUGGAAAUUUCCACACAAAAAAAUUUCCAAGCAAAAAAUUAUUCCACGGUCAUCGACGACUGGAAAUUCAGUCUAUAAAAUUAUUGCUAUCACAAACUAUUUAAAGUUUUUCUAACAACAGAAUGCUUCUUGACCAGCAACGUAUCCAUAUUCAGUCCAUCAACGAAUAGCAUAUUCAGUCUAACAAUUCAUUGUUCAACGAUCAAUUCAGCACAUCCAGUGUAAUAACUGGAAAUUCAGACCGACAAGUGAUUGUUCCACGAUGAUCAACUACUGGAAAUUCAAUUAAUAAACUUUUUCUUCACGAUCACAAACAGUAUGAACCACAAUCCGACAACUGAUUGCUCCUCGAUCAUCAAACGAUUGGAAAUUCUUUCUAAAUUCAGUCUAUAAAAGUUACUACCUCACGAUCAUAAACAAAAGAUAAUCUGUUCAAUAACUGAUUGUUAUUGCCCGACAAUCAGACCGACAAUCAGAGCGACUGAGAAUUUAAUUAGCCGCUCCAGCGGUCCAGGAUCAGCAGCAGCAGCACAAGCGAUGGCUCUCCUCCUCAGCAGCGACGCUCUGCGCUGGAAGCAAAACUUGCUGCUGCUCGUCACGGCCGCCGUAUUGUGGGGGCGUACACGGUGCUACGUGGUGCAGGAAAAGUUCUCAGACGGACGAUGGCAGAGCGAUGAAGGCGAGCCGUCAUGGAACGACAGCAUCAGUGAUACGGGGUGCAGGCACGGCAGGCGGCAGCAGGCAGAGGCUGGCAGAGGCUGUCACUGCUACCCAUGCUGGUCUGGCAGUGACUGCAACACAUAUGUUGACAACUACGCGCCGCGGUUCCUGGUGCACCGCGCCACGGCCGUCGUGCCUGUCAACGUCACGGGUUCGACAUACCGGGCGUGGGCCUCAGACGACGACCUGGGCCUGACGUGCCCCCUGGGCCCAGGCGAGUCUGCCCGUUGCCCGUGCGCCUCCUUCACGUACCAGCUCUUCAGCCCGUCGGGGGACCACAGGUUUGCCCUGCACCCUUCAACGGGCCUGCUGGUCAGGAGAAGACCUGCUGCCACGACGGGCGACCUGCAGGAGGGCAAGACUUACAAGUACAAACUCAUGGUCCAGAGCGUGCUGGUGCCGGGGUACUCCAAGGAGCGCCUCUACGACAUCCUCGACUUGGAGAUUUUCGUCGGUCCUGCGAACCUCCAAAAAACUCCAUGGAUUUAACCAUAUACGGACUCCAUGAACUCCAACUGAUAUAUUUAUAUACCAACGUAUACACUCAAGAUACCUAAUGAUCAUAUUGUCUAAAAAGUGACGCACUUCCUUACCCACAUAGCGAGCGGCUUACCCACAUCAUAAGUGCUUACCCACAUAACGUAGCACUGAUACGCUCCAAACUGGGUCAGGGUGACACACACACAAGCGAAAAAUGCAUUGAUUUUUUUGGACAAUGACUCACUCAUUUUACUGAUUGUGGGCUCAAAAAAUGGAUCAAAAAUGCAGUUCGCUCUCCAAUAAUAUUUUUAAAAAGCAGAAUUUCUGUGAGAAGAAACUCAAAAUUCAAUUUCUUCCAAUUUCAAACAAAUGAUACAUGCAUAUCCCAUUAUUUGCAUAUCAUAAUUGUAAAAAAGUUAUAAUGUAAAAGUAUAUACCGUUGUACGAAUAGAAAAUUAUAAUAACUUAGAUCCCCAGGGAUUAGAACUAACAAACUCUAUGUGCACUCUAUAUGUCUAUUUAUAGAUGUGAUAUAAUCAGAUUAGAAUGCGUGUCUAUUAUAAUGAAUAAUAAUAUAUAUGAUCGUUGGGACAUUAGCUUAGACGGUUCUAACACUCAGGCAAGCAAAUGGUUCUAUUGUCUAAAUAGUGACUCUUUUUUUGGCCUCAAUAAUCACUUUGGUCGGACCAAAAAUGGUCAGGAAAACCCAGCCAAGAAAGGGCAAAAAAAUGUAUAGUUGUUGGACAUUGUUACACUCAUUUCAAUGAGUGAAGGCUGCAAAUUACGAAUUUUACGGGGCUGCUAUUUUUAGCGCAUUUUCUCAUUUAUG